AUGGCUCGCAAGAGGCGGACUGAAGCAGAGGCGGCUGCCGGCGGCGCCGCGCCUGCUACUGCUAGCAAGGGAGGACAGCCUGGGGACAGUGCCUCCAAACCCAGUGACGGAGCCUCGAGCAGUAACCCUAAAGGGGGCUCUGCUCAUGGGCAGGGCCGGCAGAACAGGCAGGGAGGGGAGGCGGCGUCUCGCCAGAGCGGCGUCGGGGCGCCCUCGGCUGCGGCUGCAGAGGCUGAAGUUAAUACCUCGUUUUCUUCGGCAUCAACAAAGAGCAACAGCUCCGCAGCAAAGGAUGUUUUAAAGGAGCCAGAAGCCGCUUCUGGGAACCAGGACAGCUCCCCGGGGUCUGCGGUGCUGCUGCGCCGCGAAAUCGACAUGACUGGCAUGACAGCCAGCCAGAAGAAAAACCUCAAGAAGAAGCUGCGGAAACAAGAGCAAAAACUACAGGCAGCUGAGCUGAACGAUGCGAUGCGGGUGGGGGCGGGCGCAGCCACCCUAGCAUCUCGUCUGAAUAAGAUGGUUGAGGAGUGGGGAGGCAGGCUUGAAGGGUUAGAGGCUAGCAUUGGGCAGGGGGGAAACAUGAAACAAGUCAUCGAGGCGGCGGAGCAGCUGCAGAAGGAGAUGCAGGAAACGCAGGAUGAGGAGGUAGGCCGCGCAAAGAAGCCCAUCAACAAGCGCGCCACAGUGCAGCAGGUGCAGGAGAAGAUAAAGGAGGCGGAACUAACAAUUCAGAAACAGCAGAAGGAGCAACAGAGACUGAAUGCACAGCAGGGCAAACAAGGCGCAGAGGAGAGGAAUGCUGAGGUUGCUGCCUUGCAGUCUCGUCUGGAGGAGUCGAUGCGGUAUCUGACGCAUCUUAAGGAGCAGUUGGUGUUGACGCAGCAGCAGAGUGACCUUCGUACGUUUCAGCAGCAAGUGUCGGAGCUGAAGAUAUCCCUAGAACACGUCAUCAAGCAAGCUCGCAAGGCAGCGGCUCAGGCAGCAACAGCCACAGACAACCGCCGCGUGCAGCAGCGCGAGGGCCUCCUGCGGCGACGACUGAAGGAGGUGGGGGCAACGGUACCAGAAGACGGGGGAGCAUCACUGACAACGGUUCCUGUUUCACUGCCCCCAGAGGCUUCUUACAUUCUGCUGACACCCCAGGGUCAGCCUUCAUUGCUGCUGCGUAAAGUUGAGAGAAAGUUCGGGGUUCUGGCGGAGAAGAAAGGAGCAGGAGAGCGCGGUGUCAGUCUCAGCAUAAUUUCUUAUGCUCAGGAUGCAUGCGAUAAGUGUGUGGCUUUCUUGAAUGCAUGCAACUUCCCUCAGAUACCACUGGGGUUAACUACCUCCCCCAAUUGCGUUUCGCUUGAGGGGCAGAGCAUAGGUGCAUUCAUCGGUAGCGGCGGAGCAAACCUACGCAGACUCGAAGCCGAGCUCGAUGUUCUUCUCUGGGUUGAAGACAAAUGGAUCACUGUAUUGGGACACGAAGCAGCCGUCAAGAAGGCCAUCCCCCACAUCAAGGAGUCACGAUCGCCGCCGUCAGCAAGCGACAGCUCUGUACCUCAGCACAAGGUAGAGUUCGACGCCGAGGUGGUUCGUGCGAUGGCUCAAGGCACCUCGAAGACGCGGGCAAAGGUGCAGGAGGUGGAGAGUUCGUUGGGGGUGACGGUGCUUGUGAGGCCGCCGCGACGCGGUGACACGAGCAAGACGGCUGCGGUCGUUGUCAGGGGUGCAGACCAGGAGGCGUGUAAGAAAGCCUGUACAAGUCUGGAGAAUGCCUUCAAGGAUUUCGGCUCAGAAACUGUUGAAUGUGACAGGAUGAAGGCAACUAGGAUCCUUCGUGGGGCGCCUGUAGACUUUAACGUUCAGGGUCAUGAACUGAUCUCGCUGCUGCGCUGUGAUGAGGGGGUGUUACUGGUGGGUCCUUCUAAGUCAUUGCCGGCGGCCGCCGAGGCACUCCGUGCAGCAAUGGAUCAGUUUGCUCGCGCGACGGAGACGAUGGAGAUAAAGGCGACGCAGCUACGAAUUCUGGAUAGAGCUAAGAGAGGGGAGAUUGAAAGCCUCAGUGGCGCUUCUUGCAGGCCGCCCAUCCACGACGGAGAAAAGGUCACACUGACAUUCACGGGGCAUCCGGAUGCCGUGCAGAGGGCGUUUGAGUUGGUUCGUCAGACGCUAGAGGAGCAGAAAGAGGAGGAGAUGGAGCUUUCGCUUGCAGCUGCUCUUCUCUUCCUUGUUGAUAGGAGCCACCGCGACCUAGAGGAUGCGCAUGGCUUGCGCAUCCGUGUGGAUGUCCCGAGAAAGGCCCUUAUUGUACGUGGGGGAACAGAGGGCCACGAUGCGAUACUAGAAGCGAUCAAGAAGGUGGAAGAUGAAGUCGCUAGUAGCGGCAAGGUUGCUACAACAAUGGCAGUUCCCCGUGAGGCGGUACCUAUGAUUCUGGGCCGUCAGGGUGCGAACGUUCGUCGUCUGCAAAGCGAAUGCAAUUUAGACAACAUCGUUAUAGAUGGCCGCCCGCAGGCGGUGUAUAUGUUGGGUUCUCAAGCUGCAGUGGACCAAGCCACGGCAAUGCUGCAAGAGAUCGUUGCCAACAGCAGCGCGCCGCGAGCACAACAGAAUGGGGUCGACGGAGGUGAUGGCCGCCCGCGUCUAGGCGGCAGAGGAGUCGGGCGUGGCGAUCGUAACGAUGCAGGGGGAAGAGGAGAAGAUGGAGGUGCUCCUAGGAGACGGGGUGCAGCAAGCAAGCCGACAGCGCCCCCCAAGCCGUAUAAUGCGAAUGUAGAUGAUGAAACAGCUUUCCCGUCGCUCGGUGCUUGCAUGGCACGUCCGGGCGGUCGCUGGCAGAAGAAGUCACCCGAACCCGAACCUGCUGCAGCACCCGCGGAGGAGCCUGCAAAGGCGAGCAGUGAAGCCGUACCAGAGGUAUCAGAGGAAAUAGAGGAAGAAGAGUACGUUGGCGUUGAGGCUACUGCAAAUUAA